GCUGGUAUGGCACUGUGCGCGGAUGCUUAGUAACAGUCACGAAGGAAUUUGCAAUUUUUUCGAAUAAAAGUGUUUAUUAAGGUUUUUUUAAAUAUAAGUAAGCCUAAAAAACCUACGAAAAAAUGUUCCGCAACCAGUACGACAGCGACGUUACGGUAUGGAGUCCUCAAGGACGACUGCACCAGGUAGAAUAUGCAAUGGAGGCAGUCAAGUUGGGUUCAGCCACGGUGGGUCUAAAAAACAAAACCCACGCCGUACUUAUCGCUCUCAAGCGAGCCUCUUCAGAAUUGUCCGCCCAUCAAAAGAAAAUAAUUCCGAUUGAUAAACACAUGGGCAUUACGAUUGCUGGACUUACUGCCGAUGCCAGAAUGUUAAGCCGGUACAUGAGGACAGAAUGUUUGAACUACAAGUAUUCUCACGACGACAUUCUGCCCGUUAGUCGUUUGAUUACCGCUCUUGGAAAUAAAAUGCAGACCUGUACUCAACGUUACGAUAGGAGACCUUACGGAGUUGGUCUCCUUGUUGCUGGAUACGAUGAUCAAGGACCACACAUUUACCAAACUUGUCCAUCCGCCAAUUAUUUCGACUGCAAAGCGAUGGCGGUGGGCUCUCGCUCGCAAAGUGCUCGAACAUAUUUAGAAAAACAUUUAAAUGAAUUCCCAAGCUGUGAGCUGGAAGAGCUUGUGAAGCACGGAUUGAGGGCUUUACGGGACACGUUGCCGAACGAAGUUGAUUUAUCCGUCAAGAACGUUUCGAUUUCGAUUGUCGGAAAAGGCACAGAAUUCACAAUUUUAGACGAAGGCGCCACUUCAGUCUAUCUUUCCGAAAUUGAGGGAGACGAAAAUCGAGGAAGACCAACCGAGCCUGAAGUGGUAGAUGACAAGAAACCGCCACAGGAUCCACCAGCGGAUCAAGGUCCCGCUGAUCCUAGAGUUUCGACUGCCAUGGAUACUGAAUAAGUGCUCUCGUAUUUAGAAAUGUCUUUUUUUUUAUUUCAUAAUAAAAAAAAGGGAAUGUCUACGUGCUGAGGAUUUGUUUUUCUUAUCGAUUGUUUAAUAUUCUCCAUAAAUACAAAAAAGAUUUUCAA